AUGAAUAUAUUCUUAUUAUUUAGUAUUUUAUUUGUUAUCUAUACUAUUUACUCUUAUUACACUGAAAAACAUGAUCUAAAAGGACCUUCGGUGUUACCUAUCAUCGGUAAUCUUCACCAAUUUGGUACACUACCGCAUAGAUCUCUUUUAGAGAUGACCAAGACCUAUGGUAGUGUAUAUAGAAUCUAUAUUGGUGAUUAUUAUACAGUUGUAGUUAAUGAUCCUGUGAUUGCUAAACUCAUUUUAGUCACACAUAUCGAUAACUUUUUGAAUAGAAUUCAAAAUCCAACAUUGAGUUUAUCUACCAAUCACUAUGAGGAUCUAGUUGGUUCAAGAGAUGAACGUUGGUAUCACAACCGUAAGUUGGUAGCAAACUCUUUCUCAAAGAAUAAACUACGAACCACUGUAUCUGUCAUUGAGAAACAAGCAGAUCAAUUCGUUAUGAUGAUGUCUCAAUUCGAGAGUUCAGGUCAACCAUUUUCACCAAUGAAAUAUUGUAAGAAAUAUGCAUUGAAUAUUAUCUUUAGUAUUGUAUUGGCAGAUGAGAUUCCAUACGAGGAGGGUGUUGAUGAAGGUAGAUUGGGAAUGUUGAUAGAUCCUGUAAAUUCUCUUGCCAAGAGGGCUGCGACAGGAUCGCUAGUCGACUUUGUCAAGAUUUUGCAACCAAUAUAUUAUUUAUCCCAAAAGUUGGUUGGAACUGGUAUGGAUCCAGUUUAUAAAUUCGUUGCUAAAUUAUAUGAUGAACAUGCUGAAACCAUUGAUUAUAAUAAUCCACGUGAUUUAAUGGAUGUUUUAAUUAUUGAUUCAGAAGGUAAAGAUAGACAUGGUGUAAUUGCAGUUACUAUUGACUUUUUAAUUGCUGGAACAGAUACUAGUGCAACUACUAUUGAAUGGUUCCUUUUGUUCAUGGCCAAUAAUCCAGAUAUUCAAGAAAAGGUUGGAAAUGAACUUAGGGAAGUUGUCGGUGCCAACGGAAAGCUAACACUUGCCAACAAACCGAAUACUCCAUAUUUGAAUGCUGUCAUCAAAGAAUCGUUGAGAAUGAAAUUAAUUGCACCACUCGGAAUACCUCGUCAGGCAAAGGAAUCGAUAUUGUUGGACGAUCAAAUAUUCAUACCAAAGGGUUCCCAAAUUCUAAUCAAUUACUUUGGAUUGUGUCACGAUGAGAAACAUUGGGAUAAACCAGAGAAGUUCCAACCAGAGCGUUUCUUGCAUAAUGAAGAGAAACACAAUGAUUUCUACCUUCCAUUCGGUGCAGGACCACGUAAUUGCGUAGGAAUGAACUUGGCCAACGAUGAACUUUACCUUGCAAUUUCCAAUAUCAUGUCAAACUUUGUAGUCUCCUCAUUCGAUGAAGUAAUUCAUUUCUUAUCAAAAAUAAACGAUUAUAACUAUAGUAUGAGUGCAAAAAAUGAUAUAGUAUUCGAAUGGGAUGGAAAUAAAUACAAGGAUAGACAAUUUAAUAUACCUCUGAUUGAAUUUAAAUAUUGUGAUUCAAAAGAGAAUCAAUAUUUCAGACAAAUAAAGGAAGAGUUGAUCAAAUGGAAGAGUGGCUAUCAAGUAAUGUGGGUAAGCGAUCACAUUGUUCAGUUUGGUUUGCUCUGCUUUCCACAAGCCGACCAAGCACAGAUUCUCAAUAUUUGUAAGAUUAUCGAGUGGAUCUUUAUAUUCGAUGACUACAUUGAAAAGGCAGGUAAAAAUGAGCAGUACAUUAACGAGUUGUUCGAUCGUCAGAAUAGAGCGACACACGACAUCUAUGGAACGAUCUACUGGGAUGUUGUUGAUGAAUUCUUGGGUGACAAAGCACUGGUUGACCACUCAAUAGAAUCAGCUAAACAAGGAUUCCUCUAUACCGUUGGACAUCGUGGAACCAUAAACAGUUCGACCAGCUACGAUCAAUACACAGCGAUCAGAUUGGAGGAUUCUGCAGCCUAUUUCGUAAUUACUUCGUUUAUUGCUAAUUUGGAAUUGCCAUACUCUGGUAGUGAACUAAGUAGCGAUAUUUUAGAGUGCAAUGAUUUCAAGUUGUUUCGUCACUACUAUGGUGUGGCAUGUCAGUUAGUCAAUGACGUCUAUUCAUUCCGUAAGGAGAUGGCUGAUAACGACUUGGUAAACUAUGUAAAGAUUCUAACUCUAAAGAACAACGAUCCACAGCAAUCAAUCAAUGAAGUGGUUGCAUUAAUCAAUGAAGCAUUCGAUCAAAUGGCUAUACAGAUCGAUUUACUCAAAAAGCAAUAUCCAAACAACCAGACACUCCACCAAUAUCUACAAGCAGGUUUAACUAUCACUGCUGAAAGAAAAUUGAUUAGAUUUCCCAUGGGAAAUACCUUGUCAUUUGAUGAGUAUUUCAAUGGUGAUCAAAAUAAUGAUGGAGCUAAUGGAAGAAGAGGAACUAUUGAUACCAUUCUAAGACCAAAUAAUAAUAAUAAUAGUAAUAGUAGUAAUGAAUUAUCACCAGACACAGAAGUUGAAGCAAGAAGAAAGAUUUACACUCAAAGGAUAAAAGAUGAAUUGGAAGAGAAAGGAAUGAAAGCGAAGCUGAAUGAGUUUGAUAAACAGAAACAUCGAUCUGCUGUUAUCAUUCAGAAACAUUGGAAAGGAUUCUCACAGCGUCGUAAAUGGAAUAUGUUCCUAUGUAAAUCAAAAGUAUUGAAAGAACUACUAAUGACCGAGAGAGAUUAUGUACAAUAUAUGAAUAUUAUUAUGGAUAUUUAUUGUAAACCAUUAGUUGAAGUUAUACAAGCAAAUAGUAACGGUAAAGAUAGAAGUAAUUCUAUUACAAGUAGCUUUAUUGGUGGUACUAUAAGUAAUAGUUCAAGUCGUGAUAGUAGUCUGGGUGGCAGUGAAAGAGAUAGAGAUAGUACCAGUAGUAUUGGUAGUGGUAUAAGUAUUGGAAGUAAUAGAGAUAGCACUAGUAGUAAUAGUAAUAAAGAUAAAGAUAAUAAUAAUAAUAAUAAUAAUAAUAAUAAUAAUAAUAAUAAUAAUAAUAAUAAUAAUAAUAAUAAUAAUAAUAAUAAUCUUAAAAGUAGUAUUAGUAGUAAUAACAUUAAAGAGGAAUCAUCUAUUUCAUCGAUGAAACCAGAUUUACAGAAAGAAUUUAGUUUCUUGGAAGAAACACCUUUGACCGCCGAGGAGAUAAAGAUUGUAUUCUCGCAGAUCGAGGUUAUUAGAAAGUAUAAUACAAUGUUACUAGAGAAGAUACAACAACGUGUAUCUGAUCUCUGGGAUGAUUCAAUAAGAAUUGGUGAUGUAUUCUUGGAGAUCAUUGACUUUCUUAAAGUACCAUACAGUCACUAUAUCAUGAACUUCCCAGCAUGCCUUAAAGUACUAGAGAAUGCAUCAAAGAGACCAUCCUAUAUGUUAUUCAUUCAACAAUGUAAAUCAAUUGAUAAAGUUGCAAGAAGAGAUUUACAAUCUUUUGUUAGUAUGCCAAUUCAAAGAAUACCAAGAUAUGUGCUAUUGUUGAGAGAGUUGUUAAAGUAUACACUACCGAAUCAUCCUGACUAUGAGAAUAUCUAUAAGGCACUGAGAAGAAUGGAAUCGAUAGCAGAGUUGAUCAAUCGACAGAUGAAGGAAGACGAGCACAGCAAAGUAGUGAUGCAGAUCGCUCAGAAGCUGAAACCACCUGUAGAUAGUCUCAUUCAACCUCACCGAAGAUUGAUACGCGAGGGUGAAGCCAAGAUCAUCAAGACUGACGGAAACAACCACGAAGCACAGUAUGCCACUAUCAAGCCAUCGUCGAUACCAUUCACUCAAUCGAUGAAAGUAUCGAUUCGCUAUUUCUACUUAUUUAACGACAUGUUUAUCAUCACCAAGAAGAUGAAAACCUACUAUAAAGUUGAGAAAGUAAUCAGUCUUCAAUACUCAACCAUUGUAGAUCAUUAUAUAAAGAGAUCAGAUAGAAUACCAACUUCACCGACAACAACAACAACUACAACAACUACAACAACACCAACUUCACCAAACAAUGUAAAUAAUAGUAGUAACAGUAAUAAUUCAGAUAUAAAAUCACCAAGUAAAGAUAGUAAUAAUAGUAAUAAUAGUAAUAAUAAUAAUAAUAAUUUAAAUGAUAAUGUAGUUUGUAUCCAAAUACUAAUUCAAAUGAUUAAUAUAGGAGAGAGACAUUUCUUUAAAUUACAUUCAUUGGAUUGUGCCGUUGUUAUAUGUUUGGCGACGGAAUCAGAGAAGAUACAGUGGAAGAACGAUUUUAUUGGUGUGAUCAAUCAGAUUACAGAGAACUCAAUAUCAUUCAACCCAAAAUGGUCGAGAAACAACUUGAUCUAUGGCGAGGAGAAACAACCAAAGUCAAAACAGCAACAACAAAGAGGCACCGCAAUAACACCAGAGAACUUUAAAUUAAAGUUAUCAAUCUCAGAGUUGUUAGCGGUUACCAACGAUCCUUUUCAACCAUCACCCAACAAACAACAUAAUAAUUCACCUUCAACCAACAACAUAACAACCAGUACCUCUACACCAUCAACAACAACAACAACUAAUAACACAACAGCAACAUGUGAUAGUGUAAAUAAUACACCUUAUAAACCUAGUAGAUCAGCAUCGGUAUGUGAUCCACCAGAGAGUGAAAGUGAUAUUAGUAAGAUAAGUGAUGAAGAUGAAGAUGAAGAUGAAGAUGAUCGUUCAACCGAUGAAAAUAAUAAUCAAAAUGAAACAAAACCAAGAUCCUAUUCAGUAUCAGCUGUUGAGACAUUAUCACCAUUAGAUAGAAUAUUAAGAAUAUUAAGAUAA